AUAUUUAUGAACAUAAAACAUUUAUGGAUACUGUGUUCAUAAUUACCGCCAUUGUCUAUAAAUAUAACAUACUGAUUUCGGUACUUGCGCAUGCGCAACUUGAUAGCGUCACUCGCCAUUUUUCAUUCAAUGUUUACAAAUAUGUGUGGAAGUUUUUAGUAUUAUUUCGAUGUUUUGAUAGAUGCAUAACACCUGAGGUCAUACGUCCAAUAUCAUAUCACUCCCGGAUAUUAGUCGGAACGCAUCUUAGGUAAUUCAACCUUCUCGUUUGCUGUUAUUUGACCUUUUAUUAUUUAGUGCAAAUCUGCGACGAUACUGCCUUGGGCCCCAGCUAUAUGCCUAUUCGAUCUGUGCAUGUUCAUACUUAUUUGGGAACAUCUACCAUGCAAAGGAAGGGAUUUUCAUAAAAGGCGAGUCACAUCAAACCUAAGACUAAUUUAAUUAAGACAUUUUAAAUGGAGUAAACAUCGGAAUUGGUGGACAAAUUCUUCUUUGUUUAUAAACAUUUCAUAGGUCACGUGGUAUAUUAUAUUUAGAAAUCAGACAAUGACUAUUUUAUGCGUAGGCGAUUCUCAUGUUAAGCGUUUCAGUGCAUAUAUUGGCAACAAGAAAGCUUCUUCAGAGUUAUUUGACAUUGUAAACCUUCCACAAGUCGAUUUCUUUGGUAUCAGCGGGGGUGCGGUGAAGAACCCGCGCCAUCUGCAGACGUUAUUGGCAGCCGCCCAACACUACCGACCUAGAUGUCUUAUUGUCCACCUAGGUGGUAAUGACCUAGAUUGCAGAGAGGAUACAGUAGAUCUGUUAAUUCACGGACUGUUGGCGUUUUUAACCCAGCUUCGCAGACAAUUCAGCAUUAACAAAAUAACGGUGAUGAGAUUCAUGCCUCGAGAGAGGACAAGGCACAUUGACCCACAGGAAUACAACGCCCGAGUGGUGCGUGCUAAUUCAAUCCUCAAAAACCAAUGUCAACAAGUCGGAAUUACUUAUUGGAGGAUGAAGGGGUUUACAAACACCAGAGACAAUAUUUUCUCAGAUGGCGUACACCUUAAUUCCUCGGGAAUGAGGAAAUAUUUUAGACAACUUAGAGGAAUUUUGCUGUCACUGCAACAGACAUUAUGAAUAAUCUUUGCUAGUCAUGAUGACAGCAGCCAUUUUACCUGCAUCUCUAUAAUAUCAUACAUUCGAUUACAGCGAUUAACCAUCUACAUUCAGGAUCAUGGCUUCUCGUCCAAAAAGACGUAGGACCAAACCUUCAUCAACAGUUGGCCCAUCUACUCAGCCAGAGGGUGAAUCAUCUGAGCUGAAAAACCUGGUAACAGAAUGUAUGGCUGCAGCAUUACCCAUCAUAGAAAAUACAGUCAAAGAAUGCUUGACCAGACUGAAGACCCAACAACCAGCAGCCAAUCAACAAUCAGCAACUGCACAGCAGGAAGAGAGAACUGACAUCAAUCCCAGAACAUCAACGUUUAAUACAAUUGUUGAUCUGGACACAAACACAGGUAGUAAUUCCCAAACCACUCAAAAUGAUCUGCAAGAGAGCAUUUCCCAGGUGGGGAUCUCAAAACCUGUGGGACUGGGGGUGGACAUGAAAAUUAAAGCUAAAAUAUUCGCAAAUGAAUAUAUCAAACUGGCCACAUUAAUCCCCAAGUCAAACUUCGAGCAGGAGCCCAAAUUCAAAUCAGUCGAGAAAGACGGACAAUUGGUUUUCAUUAAAUCUAAUGACACCUGCCAAAUUAAAACCAUUGCUCAGUGGAUGGAGGCCUUCCACGUCUUUGUGGCACUCCAUUGUUCAAAAUACCCAGAGGAAGUUGGGCAGCUUAUGACGUAUGCACAAAUUAUUCAGGGCAUAUCAAAGUCCUGUGGAGACGAAGCAGCCAUAAGCUACGAUGAGAAAUUUAGACAAUGGCGACAGGUUGCUCCCCGAGCCUGUCCUUGGGAUAGGAAAAACUCGGAACUUUUUCAUGAUGCAAUUGUUCAGGGCUUUGAGGCAAAAGCAAAACUAAAGAAGCAGCCCUUUCGUGCAACUCCCUCGAAGCAAAAGUACUGCUUCACAUUCAAUAAUACAGGCUCCUGUAACAAAGGCAACUCUUGUCCAUAUGCACACAUAUGCCAAUACUGCUCUAACAAACACUCAAGACUUCAGUGCACAAGAUACAUGUAUAAACAAGGUCAAAGCAAUACAGCAAAUACAAAAUUCUCAAAUAAUGACCUGCGCAAGAAACCGUCAACCAUCACCAAAAAAGACUGAAGACUCUG